AUGAUUUCUAGCAACUAGACGAAGUCAUUACUUGAUGUAAUCGAGAAGAACGAAGAUCCUUCAGCAUUUGCAGAUGCUUUAGGUCUGUUAGAAAAGCUAAUUACCAAGUAUUUGUAGCAUUUAUGAAUUUAGUAUUAUAAACAAUCCCAAUGAAGAUAAAUUUAAACACAUAAAGAUGACAGUUAAAACAUUAGCCACACGAUUAUUUAAUAUAAGAUAAAUGGCAGAGUUAUUAUAAUCAUUGGGUUUCAUUUAAGUAUUCAAUCAACUCUAUUUAAAAUUAGCAAGAUUAAGAAUUCUAUCUACCCGAUCAAGAAUACGGAACCUUGUUAGAGAAUUUCAAUACAAUCAAAUGGUAGCAUAUUUUAGCAUAAGGAAGAGUGGAGGGACCCUAAUAGUAUCAAAAGGCUUAGGAGAUGUAAUAUAUACUUUUCUAGUAUUUUCUAGAGUGAGACAAUAGCAAGAAGUUUAAAGAUAAUAUGAGAAGGAGCAAAGAGAAAAAGAGAAGAUCCAAUAAUAAAUAAAAUACGAUAGACAGGAGAGGAGUUUGGUGAAGGAGAAGGAUUCUAAGGCUAAUGACUUAUAAUUCGGUGCCAAAGUGAAAACCUGCGAGUAACUAGGUAUAAAUAAGAACACUGGAAAACGUGGGUGAGGUUGAGCGAGGCGAAGGUUUAAAUACUUUCGCCUCGCAAUAUAAAGAUAAGGAAAAUGAUCAAUCAGCCGAGAGAAGUAAGAAAGUACUUCUUAAAUGAUCAAAGAGCAUUUAAAUUAAUCGAUGCCUUUUGAGAGAUGGAUUGUGAGUUUUCUUUAUAUAUAUAUAUGCAUGGUGAAGUCAAUCA